AAGAUUCUUGAAACAGAAGAAUAAAAGAAGAAACUUUAAAUCUGUUUCACAGGAGCAAGUGAUACAGUUGGUCCAUAGUACAGUGAUACAGCAGCAUACUGGGAACAAAUUUAUUAAAAUGGGCAUGAUUACACUUUUUGGUCUCUGCUCCAGCAUGGGGAUCUGGUCCAGAAUAUCUCCCAUAUCUACCAGCUCAAUCUUGUUAUUAUUUCUAGUGAAACAGGCCACAGGAUCUCUGCUGGAAAAAACAACUACUGGAUGGAACAAAUACAAACAAGAAUGUCUGAAAAUGCUACAGGAAUCAACUGUGGAUACUGGAAUACAUUGUAACGGGACUUUUGAUCAGUUUGUUUGCUGGCCAUACUCAACCCCAGGAAAAGUAUCUGUUCCUUGUCCUUCAUAUUUGCCAUGGUUGGAAAAUGGAAGUGCAGGAAAUGUAUACAGAGUCUGCUUAGAUGAAGGAACUUGGCAAACGAAGGAAAACUCCACAGACAUUUGGCGUGACAGUUCAGAAUGUUCUGAGAAAAAUAAUCUCAAAAAAAAUGAAGAAGAACAUAAAUUACUUACCACACUACAGUUGUUGUACACUAUAGGAUACUAUUUUUCUCUCAUCUCACUUGUAUUAGCUCUCCUUAUACUUUCUUUACUCAGAAAACUUCACUGCACAAGAAACUACAUCCAUAUGAAUUUAUUUGCAUCUUUUAUCUUGCGUGCCACAGCCAUUCUUAUUAAAGACACUGUAUUCUACAAGAUUUACUCCAAAAGACCAAAUGAUGAAAGUGGGUGGAUAUUAUACCUCAGUCCUGAGAUUUUAAUCAUUUGCAGAACCGCUCAGUUUUUCAUGCACUAUUUUGUUGGGGCAAAUUAUUUUUGGCUAUUAGUAGAAGGAAUUUAUCUGCAUACAUUAUUGAUUACUGCUGUGCUCUCGGAAAGAAGACUGCUGCAGACAUACAUAGUGAUAGGAUGGGUUGUUCCUAUUCUGUUUGUUGGCCCCUGGGGAAUAAGCAGAUCAAAACUGGAGAACACAGGGUGCUGGGGAACAAACGAACACAUGGGAAUCUGGUGGAUCAUCCGAGGACCAAUGUUGUUUUCCAUUACAGUUAAUUUUGGCAUCUUCUUAAAAAUUCUAAGGAUGUUGAUUUCUAAAUUAAAAGCCCAGCAAAUGAGCUUUCAUGACUACAAAUACAGACUGGCAAGAUCUACACUUGUGCUCAUUCCACUGCUGGGGAUCCAUGAGUUUAUAUUUUCCUUCAUCACUGAUGAACAAGUGGAAGGAUUUCCAAGACAUGUAAGACUUUUCAUUCAGCUGACAAUGAGCUCAUUUCACGGCUUUUUUGUAGCAGUUUUAUAUUGCUUUGCAAAUGGAGAGGUAAAAGCAGAACUCCAGAAGCAGUGGUCUCGCUUCCUGCUGGCAGAACCCUUUGGCUGUAAACUCUGCUUUCUUGGAGAAAACAUCAAAUACCUCAGGAAAUGUUCACAGAAACAGAAAAAACAGCACCUCAGCAGCAACCACUUGUGCCUGGAGGUGAGUGAGCCCUGGGGCAUGAAGCUCCAACAGGUGCUGGCGAAGCAGAGGGCAGUUCCAUGUACAGAGCCGGGCCGUGCACUUCCAUCUCAUCUGCGGGCAAGUAUGUCAGACAGCAGUGAAGGAGAAGUCACCACUGGAGAGACAACUGAGGAGGUGGUCUUUGAAGAAAGUGAGAUCUAGAAAGAAGUCCACUAGGACAGCACCUUCCAACAGCCACAGUAUUUCGAAAGAUCAUCAUCUUUCAUCUCCAGGCUGCACAGAUCCCUGUGAUGUGCAGUGCAGAGAGAAAGAAGACAUACUUCCUGCCAGCCUCAGCUGUCCCAUCUCAACUGUCUGGGAAAAAUCUGAAUGUCCCUAACCCAUGGGGCUGGGGAGGAAGAGGUCUGCAGCAUUAAACAAUCCUUUGGGUUGGCCAAUAGAGAUAACAACAUGCUGAAAGAGAUGUACACAGGGGAGCAGGACGUAUUAUGCUGGAAGUGAAUAGACUAGACAUUUUGUCCCACAUCAGCUUCAUCCAUACGUGUCCACUGUUCUAUUCACACAACAAAGAAGCUGUUAGUUGUUUGAUUUUCUCUUCUGCAGUUGUAUUUCAUAAAUAGAGACAAGUGGUCAGGAGAUAUUUCUCUCUGCAGGUUGAAAGAAUCCCUAAUCUCAGAAAAACUAGAUCCAGGUUAACCCAGAUUCAUUUUUUUAAAGCAACAUGAUAUAUAAAAAGGCUUGGGAUGAAGCAAAUUUUGGCUUGGAUGUUUAAGCUUUAUUCCUUGUGGUCUGGUGCUGGAAAUGCCUUUAAUGAAGUGACAGAUCAAAAAGUACUUGUUCUUUUUUAAAUGCCCAAAUGAAACAUUUUGACAGAAGUGUUUAUUUAUUAUUGUUUUCACUAUUUUUCUGUGCAAGCCACACAUUUUGAUAUACCUGCACAUUACCCUACCUGUCCUGAAGACGUGUUAUAAUUGCCCUAAAUAACAAAACAGAACGGUGGAAAGUGCUGUUUCCACCUUCCCCCUGAAGUACUCAGCAUGGAUAAUGGAUAUCCGAUUGUGUCUGCAUCGAAAGAUAAUUGUGAAAUUUACCCACCAGCAUUUAAAAAGUCAUGAUGAAAUUUUCACUGUCUUACACAGCUCACCUGGAGACGCGAGGAAUUUAAGUUUGUUAAUACUUGAUGAGCCAGCCUGCAAACUUGCAAACACAAGCCAUGUGGCAUACUGAAAGGAGAGAGAAAAAGGCAAAAAUAAAGAUUAGCAAAUAAAAUUUAUCUACAAUAUAAAUCUAUACUCCAGGCAUGCACACUGUAAUUACUGAGCCAGCAGCAAGUUACAUAUAGUAUUCAUUAUGAUUAUCUCCUGUACUUUACUGGCAAACGCUCUAAGAGUUUGCAAAUGUAAUAAAACACAGCAAAAGUCCCCUAAACAAAGUUCAGGUCUGCUCAUGGGCUCUGUUCUCCGAUCUUUCCCUCCCUCCAUCAAGUGCCAACGUUGCAGCUACCCUCCUGGCUUUCCCUGUCCCUGCAUCUCCCCACAGAGCUGUCUGUCCCCAGACCUCUGCUGGCAGCUUUAGGAAUGGCACUUUUUGGAGAGAAGUUGCCUGUAUUUUCAAUCUGUUGUUUGAGCAGACUCAGUUCGUGUACGUUAUGAAACUUACCAGUGUCACCUGCUGUGAUAUACUGCUUUCGUGCAGAGGCCAGAUAAGUUCACUGACGAGUGCUAGAUCAAGGACACAUUUGAACAAUCAAAUUUCUGGUGCUUUUCAAGAAAGUAUUUCUUUUAUUGUUUAAUCAAAGUUAAGAAUUUAGUCUUUUUAGUAUAUGUAGAUAACAUAUUAUUAAAAAGUAAAUAUUUGAUCAAUAUGAAAAUAUAUUCUCAGUUUUUAAAGGCUUUUUUUCCUAGAAUAUCUGUUUUGCUUAUAAUAUUUUAAUGCAAUGGAUUACAGGCACAGACACUACAUAUCUGCUGAUGUCUUCUCAAAUUUAGAGAUUGAUUUCUUCCAGAGAUAU